CUCAAUGCCACGUACUUUGGCAUAAUCCGUCUAGGGAUGGAGGAGGAUACCUGGGUCUGCCCCAGACGUCGGCAAACACGGUAUUUCUGCUUCGGGAAGGUCCUAUUUCUGCAUGCCUCAGAAAAAACGCUUUUGGGCGGCGCGCCUAUUCCUUGACUGACCAAUCCAUGUACUUCUCCUAAUAUACUUCAAUUGGGGCCCGGGGGCGAAGCCCCCGGAGAAAAUUUUGGAAUUGAAGUGCUUAAGGAACAGAAAUUGCACCCUUUUUGCAGUAAUUGUGUGUCCGCAGUGCUUCAGUGGGGGUCAAAACGGUCUCUAGGGCUUGUAAGGGGCAGCCCGCCUGAGCACGAGGGCCUAUUUCUGUCGCAUGGCUAGCUUCGGAUACCGAAUUUCUGUUUCGGGAACUUCGGUACGACCCGAACUCUCCGAAGCGUUUGCCGAUGUCUGGUCUGCCCUGUUUGUUACCUGUCUAGCGGAGCACGUAUGGCGCCAGCAGAGCUCUCGCAAGCCCAGCUGCCCCAUCUGUCGCCAACCCAUGCUGCACUGUGCUCCUUGGGAUGCCAGCACGCGAGGGGAAGGAGCUGCAACUGCUGCCCCUUCUUCCCGCAAAGAGUCCACAGCAUGUGAACCUCCCGUAGAACCAGCAGCUGCUAAAGCGGCACCAACGACAGUAUCCCAGCAGGGGCCUGGGGCCGCGGCCUGUUCCUCGCCGUUUCCCUCUCACACACAAGGCAUUCUGCUUCAGCUUCAAGUCGGGCGGGUCCGCUUUGAGCUCCCAUCGGACCCGCACCAAGGCAGCAUCCGAGACACCCUUUGCAAGCUCUACAAGCUGCACCCUAGCCGGGUGAAGCUGGUUCAUCGGGGUCGCGCUCUGGAGGGUGAGGAGGAGCUACGGAGGGCGGCGGAGGCCAGGGCGGUAGUGGCACUACUAGCGUCCCGUGGGUCGGCUGUGGAGGCAGGAGGAGGAGGGCGGUGGUUGG